GCGCGAAAUCGCGAGUUCGCGGCGACGAGAUUUUAUCUGUCACCGAUCCUCGAAGAGGAUCUUGUCACAGAUCCAUCCGCGAGUCUCGUCGCCGGGUCCGCGACAGCCGACGAAGGAGGAAAGAAUCGUCGGAGCGAUGCACGUCGCGCGCGACACUGCUCGGACUCCCGUCGUCGCGGGCGACGUUUUUUCACCUUUCCUCGUGUUUAUCCCUCGGAAACAGAUAAUUCGACGUCUCACUCGCGAAACUCGUUUCUACGUACCCGAGUUAGACCGUUGCACGGAAAUUUUAAUCCAAUUCGGAGCAUCUUUCGAGUGGCCGGUUUCGGGCAGCCCAGUGGGGGAGAAAGGGACGACGGCACAAAACAGCUGGUCACGUCAGUGACGUGACGUCACGUCACGUCGCACGCCGGAUCGGAUGGAACUGCGCGAACCGAAAAGAAGAAUGUUGCGUGUCGUGAGCGCGACGCUGCGAGGAAUUGCAGCGAGAGCAACAAAUAUUAAUGUGACAAGUUCUGUUGCUUCAAAAUGUAAUCUCAUUUUCAAUUCUACACAGCAGAGAAACUUUGGAGCAUUAUCAAUCGCUGUCCAGAACUGGACUACUACUAAUCCAGUGCAACAUAAAUCAUUAUUAAAUAAUGCAAUAACAGAAAAUCGUCUAGCAUUGCCAACAGACCCUAUUAAUGUACCAGUAAGAACACUAAUCAAGUUUUCUAUGAAAAAAGGAAAACGAAAAACAGUAAAGACAGUCCUAAAACGUUUUUAUAGAUUACACUGGGGUAUCUGGAUUAGAACAAGAACUGGUCGAAAGAAGCAUCUGUGGAGGAAAACGUACGACAGAAGGAAGAGAUUGCAACAGCAUGUAUUCUGCAAUGCCACGCAGUGCACAAUGCUAGACAAAAUGGUAACCAAAUAUUGGCGUAGACGACAUUAUUAUGUUGACGAUCCAUAUGAACCGUAUCAUAAUCGAGAAGAAUUUAUUUUCACUCGAAAAAGACCACUUCCUUAAUUAUUUCUAUAUAUUAAUUAUUAUGUAAUUGUAAGUGCAGAUUGAA